AUGAUUGAGUCUCUUACCGUGUUGACGUUCAACGUCCGAUCGAUCAAGAACGCAUUCGAUCAAGUCAAAAUCAGCCGUUACCUUAAAUCCUUACGGCCGGCCCCCGCGGCUAUCCCCCUUCAAGAGCACCAUUUCAGCUUCAACUCUUUGCGCGAAGGCGCUUUGAGAGUGCUUGGCCAGGGGGUCUGCGCUCCCCUCUACAGGGCAUGUGCUACCGAGGCCACUCUACGACUCCGACUUUCACAAAUUCCUGUUCUACUCAAAGAUCACGGACCUGUACCGGCGCGAGUUCUAUGCGAGUGGCGCAUUUCACCAUCAGACACCGCCAGUGGAUGUACUCGGCAACAGUGAAAUCGAGCGACGUGGCCUCCGGCAACGACUGGUAAUUGUGGCCUGGUACCAGUUGGCUUACAAUCGAUCCAUACAAGGACACGCCCUUGGCGGCGGCCGUGGCGAUUCCAGGGAGGCGCUGCGAAGCAUGGUUCUACCAAACAAACAAAAAGAACCCCCUGUCUCUCUUCAAGGCUCCGCAUCUUCAGCCACGCGGAGUCGGCGGACGGCCACGGAUUGCUCAGACACGCACAAUGA